AAGACGCAAACAUUCUAUGGUUUUACCACCGCAUCACGUCUUUCUACGAACCCGACUUGGAAAUCUUUAUUUUUUUUGGUUUUUCCUUCUCUUAAAUUAUAUAUAAAGUAGAGAGGAAAUCCAGGAGUGCACGAAAAGCACCCAUCGCCUACUGGGUCUAAAUAAUUGUCCUUGUUGACCCUUCUUCCUCGUUCUUUCUCCGCUCUAAUCUACUCCCUGAAUUUUUCUCCGUAUAGGUUAUGGAGGGAAGAAUUUUGUUAAAGGGUGUUAUAAUUAUGAGCUUAAUUGCCUGUUCAACUGCUAGAGAACUCAAAGUGAAGGAUCAAGGGACAAUCUACAAUCACACUCUUGCCACCAUAUUGGUGGAAUAUGCUGCAUCGGUCUAUGUGUCGGAUUUGACAGAACUAAUUACUUGGACAUGCCCAAAAUGUAAUGAUUUGACGAAGGGGUUUCAAAUUUUAGAGCUCAUUGUUGAUGUGAAGCGAUGUCUACAGGCAUUUGUGGGGGUGGCUCCAGAUAUUAAUGCCAUUGUAAUUGCUUUCCGAGGCACUCAGGGAACCAGCAUACAGAAUUGGAUAGCAGAUCUAUACUGGAAGCAGCUUGAUAUAGAAUAUCCUGGAAUGGAAGAUGCAAUGGUGCAUCAUGGAUUUUAUUCUGCUUACCACAACACAACAUUACGCCCUGGAGUGCUAAGUGCUGUUGAAAGUGCAAAAGAACAGUAUGGAGACAUUCCCAUUAUGGUGACAGGACAUUCAAUGGGAGGGGCCAUGGCUGCUUUUUGUGGAUUGGAUCUCACAGUAAAUUAUGGCUCGCGGAAUGUUUCAGUUAUGACAUUUGGACAACCUCGAAUCGGGAAUGCUGCUUUUGCGUCCUACUAUAGCAAAUGGGUGCCAAAUACAAUUCGGGUCACACAUGAACAUGAUAUUGUCCCUCAUUUGCCCCCAUACUAUUACUAUUUCCCUCAGAAAACUUAUCAUCAUUUUCCUAGGGAGGUGUGGCUCCAUAACCUAGGCUUUGGACUUCUUUCUUAUACAGUUGAAAAGGUCUGUGAUGAUUCUGGGGAAGACCCUUCUUGUAGCAGGUCAGUAGCUGGUAGAAGUAUUAAGGAUCAUCUGACGUAUUAUGGUGUAAGAUUGGGAGGUGAAGAAUCAGGAUUCUGCAAAAUUGUGAUGGAUGAUCGUCUUGCUGCAUAUGGCAAAGUUGAUGUUGAUGGAAAUGUCAAUCUAUCCAGAGAUUUUUCUGCUUCUGUUUUGGGGAUGAAUGUUGAAUCUAAUGAGGAAAGGCGGUCAAUAUAGAGGUUUUCUGGGAUUAUUUUCUUGCCUUUUGGGGAGGUGAAUAUAGGUCCCUGGUAAGGCUAAAUUUGAGCUGUAUCCCAAUCAAUUGUGCAGUUUGGUCAUACACUGGGGAGAUCAUGUAUUUUUAGUUUUUUUUUUUUUUGAUAUGUACAUAACAUUUAUGUAAAUAAUUUUUUUACUAUUGUUAUUAACUAAACCCAGUGAGAAUAGUGCGACUGUUCAACUCUGAAACAGAAGUGACCAAGUGAAAGAUUUAUCAAUACCGUUCAUUUAGCCAAAAGUUAA